AUGCAGAAGGACUCCGGCCCACUAGUGCCUUUACAUUGGAUUGGCUUUGGCUAUGUAGCACUGGUUGCUUCCAGCGGGAUCAUUGGCUAUGCAAAAGCAGGCAGUGUCCCAUCCCUGGCUGCCAGGCUCCUCUUCGGUGGAUUAGUGGGCCUGGGUGCCUAUCAGCUGUCUCAGGAUCCAAGGAACAUUUGGGUUUUCUUAGUUACAUCUGGAACCUUGGCUGGCAUUAUGGGAAUGAGAUUCUACCACUCUGGAAAAUUUAUGCCUGCAGCCUUAAUUGCAGGUGCCAGUUUGCUGAUGGUCGCCAAACUUGGAAUUAGUGCGUUGGGUAAACCCCAUCAGUAGGAGUCAUGGCCCAGCUUGGACUCAUGAAGAAUUUUUUAAUUUUCUCUAUUUUUAGCAUAUUAAGAUAAAUAAGUACAGCAUUUUCACAUGUUCUGACAUUUUACCUAAAACAAAAACAAACCAAAAAAACCCAACUUUGCAGAGAAAAAAGUCAGUUAUUAUCAUUACAACCCUAAAGAGGUGGGUAGAGUGUAACACAAGAGCUUCUUCCUAUAGUAGAAGCAUACAGUUUGA